CUCUCCUCGGGUGUUUAAGGGUUAACGGGUUACGCGUUCUGGGUGUUCUGAAAUGUGUGGACGCUCCCCGCAGCCAAUCAGAAGUUGGGACGGGUGUCUGUCUGGCCAAUGGGAGUGCGCUGAGGGUCAGUGUCAGCCGCAGGUGAAGUGUACAGUAGCGCUGUGUUCGUUCACACUCGCGUUCUGGCGACGUGGACGCGCAUCACCGAUCUCCCCUUCACGCGCGCCGCGAUGCGAGCGAGCUGCCGCCUCGGGGCUCAAUCUCCAUCUGACCCGGAUCUGGAGCUCCUAACCCCGCCGCUUUACAAUCAACAGUGACUUCUCCUGCCGAGGAUGGCUGUGCGCAGUAACUCUCUGAUGCCGUUCUCCAUUCAAGCCAUCCUGAACCGAAAAGACGAGUCUCGACACUUGAACGAUCUGGAGGUUUGUUUCUCAAAAAGCGCUUGCUGGAAGAUCUUCGGUGGCAUGGAUGAACCGGACAGGAGCGACGAGAGAGAGCACAAGAACUACGACUCGGACUCCGGGAUGAGCGAGGACACCGACAGUAAAGCGCAGAUCGACGCAAAGCCCGAGAAAGACGCAGAUUUAGCGGAAGACACGGACCCGGAGUCCACGGCGGAGCACUGCGGAGCCCGGGAGCGUGUGUCCGACUGCACCGGCGCCGAGGAGAAGAGCAGCGAUCAGCCCAAGCAGCGGAAGAAGCGCUCGCGCGCCGCGUUCUCUCACGCGCAGGUGUUCGAGCUCGAGCGUCGCUUCAAUCACCAGCGCUAUCUGUCGGGACCGGAGCGCGCGGACCUCGCCGCCUCCCUCAAACUCACCGAGACGCAGGUCAAGAUCUGGUUCCAGAACCGACGGUACAAGACCAAGAGACGCCAGAUGGCCGCCGAUCUGCUGGCCUCGGCCCCGGCGGCGAAGAAGGUGGCCGUGAAGGUGCUGGUCCGGGACGACCGGAGACAAUACAGCCCCGGAGAACUACUGCGACCGCCGCUGCUCUCCUAUUACUACCCGUACACGUACUGCCUGCCCGCCUGGAGCCUGUCCUCCGCGUGCACGGGAAGCCAGUGACACCGGGACUUACACAAUAUUUAUUCGACUCAAGACAUUCGUUACCUGAACACGCCAGGCCCGGUUCUACGGGGUGCUCAAACUUCAGCUAAAGCUGCAUUAAUGGCAUUUCACUGAGGAUUUUGGCAAACCACGGCUUACGGAUCACAUCAGCAUCACAGACACUUCUCUCGAGUUCUUGAACCCAACAGCCAAUCAGAUGCGUUUAUGCUAGAAUCAUCCUCCGCUAUUUGUGUUCAGCACGAAUCAUCUCAUUAUAAAGAAGUGUAGAGAGAUUCAUUGAGCAUCGAAGAGAACUUACAAUAAUUAAGAGCGAGUUUUAGAGAUUGUAAACAGCUCUUUACGCCACAGCAAUGGACGGCACCUUUAUAAAACCUUUAUAGAUAUUAUUAAGGUUCGAGCCCCCUCACUAUUUUGAGAAGCACCCUCAGAGACCCACCAGGAUUUUGUGUCACAAUGUUUGGAAAAUAUGUCUGGUUUUAGCAAACUGUCUCUCUUCUGGUUGGAAAGCAGCCGUUGCUGUUGUUUGUUCUCGGUAACGGUAAGACCGGCACUUUCCCACAGUUCGUCACGGCAGGAAACAUGGACUCACGAGAGAACAGUGACGUCUCAGCGUUUACUCCACCUAUGUGUGCUUUCAUAUUAGUGUUACCUGUUUUGUUUAAUGGAAAAGAAAUCACACAUUAAAAGCAUAAUUUCAGUCGUGUUUCUCUGCAUUUUAUGAGAUCCUGAAAGUCAAAUUAUGGAAUUAAUGACCCGUGACACGAGCCCUCUGGAGUCAUUAAACUAGUGUAAGUUUGACAGAAGAGAAGAAGAGUCGCUGAAUAAUCGUUAAAUCCACGUUUAGAAGCAUGUAAAUGUUGUUCCUCCGAGGGUGCUGUAUGGUAUUUUAGGCUAUCAUACUGCUGAAUUCUGCUUUAAAGUUGAAUCCAUAUUUCAGAAUAACUAAAAUCUUCUCUCCACAUUUACGCAUUUUAGUCUCAUUCAUGUAUUGGAGACAAAAAAGGAACUUCGGAAUAUUAAAAUGACUGAAAUUCGCAACAGCAAUAAACAUAAAGUAACUGAGAUUAUUAAUAAUGCAAACCAUAAAACCAAACUAUGCAACCAUCACAGCCCUGUUCAAAAAUAAUAAUCAUGAAACUAAUAACACAUGCAUCGGGUUAUGAUUUAAUGUUGUUUUGUCGGCCGUUUCAAACACUUUGAUUUAUGAUCAGAUCAAGGCAUCAACUCUGUAAUACACUUGACUAUAUUACAGAGCUAAUUCGGUUUAACUUUGUGUAUAUAAAUGUAUGAAUU